ACCGGUGGGAGGAGAAGGGUGUUGAGUUUCUCCUCCUCCCCUAAUCUCCGCUGCGCUCCUCGCGUUUCUCCUGUAAGAUCAUCAUUGUUCCAGCGGCACGUCGCUCGUUCAGGAUGCACGUCAGAUUCCCGUGACAGCCGCGACCGACAGCGUCCGUUCCGCGCGCGCGCUUCACCCGAAUCAUGCCCGAGAUGGAAAAGGGGCGACCGCCGGACAACAAGCGCAGCAGGAAACCUGCUCACCCGGUCAAGAGAGACGUGAAUGAGGACAUGAAGCACUUUGCUGAAAACACAAUGAACGAGCUGUUGGGCUGGUACGGGUACGACAAAGUGGACCUGCAGGAGUCCGACGAUAUACAGAACCGUCCCAAACGCAAUCAUAUAUCUGUACUUAAAGAGAAUUCAGUGCCAAAGCCGCUUGCAGUCGAGAGGAAGGUGGCAUCGUCCUCCUCAGAGCCCGUCAGGAACGGCGAGAGAGAGUCAGUGGUCAUCCCGCUCUCACCUUCAUCAUCCUCAUACUCUUCUUCAGCAUCACCACGAGUGAAGGAGCAACACAACAUGAACGUCAUCGUACCGCUCAUCAAACCUUCCGCUGUGGAGGACGUCCAGAACGAUGAGAUCGUGUGUGUUUGGUGUCAGAAGGAGGGAAUGAAGCGUUAUUCUCUGCUCAUGGGUUCAGAGCUCAAGAGCUUCUGCAGUGAAAAGUGUUUCGCUGCAUGUCGGCGUGCAUACUUCAAACGAAAUAAGGCUCGAGAUGAAGAUCGCCAUGGCGACCAGUCUCCACCUCCUGGCCAAACCCUGGAUACAUCCUCAAGACUUUUGCUGAAGAUGAACAACAACACACGUGUGUGUGACUGGUGUAAACAUGUCCGCCACACUAAAGAGUAUCUGGACUUCGGUUCGGGCGAGGAGCAGCUCCAGUUCUGUAGCACCAAGUGUCUAAACCAGUACAAGAUGGACGUGUUCUACCGGGAAGCUCGUGCGACCCUCACCGGCUCCAGUUCCAGUUCCAGCACUACCCACAAAGAUGAGGAGAACCAUCAGAAAGCGGCUGUGGAAGAGAGCCAGAAACUUCUCACUCCGGAGUCCUGGGACAGCUCGCCAGCCAAAACCCUCUCGCCCAAAACCACAACACCCGCUUCCACGUCCGUGUCGGUGCUCCAGACAGUGUCAUCUUCAUCGUCAUCAUCUUCCUCGCUGAAAACACCCAUCACAGUGCUCCAAUCGAGGGAUCGAUCAUAUCCAGCCCAAAUUCAGAUGGGUGGCCCAUCUCACGUGACUUUGGAUCAGCCACGGCCACCCCAGAUCGCCCUCCCGUUCGUCCGUCUGCCCCUCCACGCCCCGGGUCUCCGCAGCCCGCUUUCGUAUCCUCCCCGUAACCCUCUGCGCCCCGCCAGCCCCAUCCAGCGACCUCCACACCCGCCUACAUUUGCCCCCCUAAACCCGCACCCGUACCCGCAUCAGCCCUUCCCCGCCCCAUACAUGCCCUUUCACCCUGCGUACCCUCCCCAAUUACCCCCACCAUGGCCGCAGCCCAUGUUGUUAGUGCCCUACCCAGUUAUCAUACCCUUCCCAGUGCCAAUUCCCAUUCCCAUCCCUAUAUCUUCACUUUCGGGUCAUAAAGGGGUGAUCCGAAGCCUUCAGAAGCAAGAUGAGCACGACCUGGGCAACCACCCCCCCGAUCCGGGCCAUUCCAGCUGCAGCGAGCCCAACGGAGAGUGUUUAUACAGAGUUAAAACAGAACGGACGCCCUCUCCUGACACACCCUCUUUUCCGUCCACAUCUCUUGGGUCAUCGGAGCGGCGAGUCAUUCAAUGUCUCCACAAACACCCCGUUAAAGAGGAAAGCCACAACACGCCCGAAUUGCCAAUUGAAAGGCACCCCACCCACAUCUCGCACGUUUUACGCAAAGCACUUAAGCACUAUGGCAACAUGACGUCUGUUGUGAUGCCGACGCCCACAUUGGACAAUAAAACCGUCACUCCAGCCUCUCUUUAUUCAUUGGCCCGUUCGACCGCCAUGCAGGUCGCCUCCGUAUCAUUGGACAGUCCGCACCCGAAGGCAGACUCCGCCCAUAUCCCGUCUCCUCUGUCUGAUUGCGUGGAUGUGAACGAAAACAGCUAUAUGGGUGGGCGGGAAAAUGGCUCGACCAGUCCCUGGGCAGCAGAGCAAACAGACUGCCGAAGCGACCAAUCAAAAGAGAGCAGUUUGACUGAGGAGGCCCCUCAGGAUGAAGAGCACACGUAUGCACGAUCUGUGCCGCCAAAACUGCACGAGAAAAACUUGCACACGAAUGUGCCGACGGCCACAGAAACGCACACAUGGGAGAAAAACUCAAGCACAGUUCUGCAGGACUCGGAGCUGAGCGACAAAGACGAUCCGGAACCUCUCGUCAAGAGACGAUGCUUGAGAAUCAGAGACCAGAACAAGUGAGAGCGGUGUGAGCUCAGUGGUGGCAUAACAGAGAACAUGUUUUGGGAAGUUUGAUGUGGUGUAUGGACAUACAGGGGCACAUUCAUCUCUAAAAACGUCCUCCGGUGACCCUCAGUGCCAACAAACCCACAGCAGGGGGCAGCAGGACUCGAUCUCCAGAGGAUCAUGAGACAUCAGACAGAGAUCAGUGAUCCAGUUACACUUUAACAGUGUGUGUGUGCUUCUGCUGAGCUCUUACAAAGCCAGUCAUUGUUCCCCAAAGCAACCCAUCCUCACCGCCUGUGUGUGUGUGUGUGUGUGUGUGUGUGUGUGUGUGUGUGUGUGUUCAGCUGUGGUGUAGGGUUACCUGACACACUGACGUUUUUUGGACAUGAUCUAAAGAGUGCCAAGAGUACACACACACAAAUGUUAUUCAGCUCUAUCAGCUCCUCCAAGAACAUUUAGUAAAAGUGUUUUAUGACUGUACAUGUAGGAUUUUUAUUGUUGAAAUAUCAGAAACGGCUCAUGAACUUUUUUAACCCCUGGUGGAUAAUUUGGUGCCUGUUAUGAGACAGACUGUUCAAACAUCCGCCAUAUUUGAUGAAUAUACUGACUGUUGUAACACAUUGCCAACAGAUAUUGUGGUAUUCUACUAUUCUAAGUGAACCAAGAAAAAAAGAGUAAUAUGUCAUCUUUUUAAUAAACUUGGGAUUGCAUUAAUUCAAUUAAUAAUUUAUGAAUAAUGUUCUAUGGAUGCAAAGUGUGCCAUGGUAUUGCCAUAGUAGAUGUUUAAAAAAACAACAACAUGUAAUUGCCAUCAGCACUCACUGACUUGCUAGAGACACUUUGAUAAACAAUUUUGUGAUAAUAAACACAUACAAUUGUUUAUCAAAGUGUCUCUAGCAAGUCAGUCCACUAUCGGAACAAUCUCGAGAGGCUAUUUCCAGUCAUGCCUGUGCAGCUCCUAUCUACUUGAGUGGAGACCGAAAUCACAAUAACCGUUGGUCAAGAUUACGACCAAAAACAUAUUACAAAUCAGCAGUAAAUUCUGACAAAACUGGAAUCAUAAACUGUGUUUCUUUACCUCAGAUAACGCUAAAAAAAUAAAUAUAUAUAUACAUUUUCCCGGCUUGUAUAGCUAUUGCGCAUGCGCAUUUUUGAUUUGAUUGACAGGUUAUGUCUGUAUCUAAAAGACGAUUGGCUCUUUUACCAGGAAGGCGGGACUUUCUUUCUGCAUCCGUUAACCACUGAUUUCAAAUAUUUUCACGAUAUCUCAGUAUUGUUGCCAAUUGAUAUAUCUAGCAAUGCAUUUUGCAGAAUGCCAAACAAAUUGACAAUAUUGUAACAAUCUUCAUACUGUUCGUUUCUGUCCGAAGAUGUUUGAAGCUAAUUUCACUGUAAAAUACAGGCUAUUAUUCUCAAUGCCCAUCAGGUAUUUCUGCUCUUGGUUCUUUAGCUGUACAUUAAUUUAAAUGUGAUUGCUUUAGCAUCAGCAUGUGGUACAACCACUGAAAAUGACCUGUCUCCGAGUUCACAUGAUCAGUGAGUGCUUAUGUGAUUUUUUUGUAACAGAGAAUUACGCCAAUAACUAUUUGUUGAUAAUAAUAA